UUGGCGGCGGGUGUCCCCGCGGCCCCUGUCGGCGAUAUAAGUGCGGCGGGGCCGUUCUGCGCUCACUGCCCGCCCCCAGCCCGGGCGCAGCGCCGAGCGGAGCGGAGCGGCGGGGCCGCCUCCUCCUCCUCCUCAGCGCCCAGGCAGCGGCGGCCGAGCGGGACUGCCGGCGAUGGCUGAGCUCAAGUCGCUGGGCAGCGAGGCGUACCUGGCGCUGGCUCCAGGCUAUGGGCCCUCGCCUUUCGCCUACGGGGCCGUGCGCGGGGGCGCCGAGGGCCCGCGGAGCGCCUACGCGGGGGGCGGCGGGGCGGACUUCCACGCCGGGGCCAUGGGCACUAAGUCGGCGGAGAGCAGCGGCGAGCAGAGCGGCGACGAGGAGGACGGCUUCGAGGCGGGCGUGAAGGGCGGCGCGGGCUUCGAGCGGGAGGCGAAGCUGAAGGGGGGAGCCCUGGGCAAGAAGCCCAAGGAGCAGCGCUCGCUGCGGCUGAGCAUCAACGCGCGGGAGCGGCGGAGGAUGCACGACCUGAACGACGCGCUGGACGGGCUGCGCUCCGUCAUCCCCUACGCGCACAGCCCCUCGGUGCGGAAACUCUCCAAAAUCGCCACGCUGCUGCUGGCCAAGAACUACAUCCUGAUGCAGGCGCAGGCCCUGGAGGAGAUGCGGCGGCUGGUGGCCUACCUGAACCAGGGCCAGGCGCUGAGCGCCCCGCUGCCCGCCACCCUCAACCCCUUCGGACAGUCGCCCGUGUACCCCUUCGGCGGCGCGGCCGUGCCCGGCUGCCCCGAGAAAUGCACUGCCUUCACAGGAGCCGCGUCCGCCCUCUGCAAACACUGUAACGACAAGCCUUGACUUCUGCUUCUGCCUUCUUCGGGCUUUUCCUUUUUUUUUUUUUUUUUUUUUUUUUUUUUAAUUUUUGUUCUUUUUCUGUGCACUUUUCCACUGCCAUCAGCCCUGGCUCUUCCUUCCAUCAGUUAAGUCCGGGUUUUCUUUUUUGUUCUUCUCUUAAAUACACCCCCCUCCCUCCCCAUCUGGAAAUGUUUGGCAGUUCACGUGGACCCCCAAAACACCCACUUUCUACUUUAUUUAGUUCCCCCCUCACGUGCAACUUCAUCCGUAAUUUCCUUCCCAGCCUGUCAGUGGAUUGUGAGCGUAAUGUUGCUUUUCGCUUGCUCUGAGCUACAAAGUUUUUGAGCAGUUUUGAAACAGAACUAUAGAAAAACAGAGAGGGAGAGAGAUCUGGAAAUGGAAACCUCAGUGAAUUUGCUUUGGCAUGAUCGACCUGUGUUAAAAAUAGAUUAAAAGGAGGAAGGGGGAGCAAAAUCCAGCUGCAAACUAUGCAAUAUUUCAGAAUCAUGGGCGGAGGGGGUUCUGUGUAGCCAGCUGGGGUUGGACUGCACCCACAAAUCCAAAUGGAAAUAAUUUGGUCCGAGCUCUUGGGAGGGGGGAUUUCCAGUACUCUAGCUAAAACAAUUGAUGCUUCAAAGUAAGAUGCUUAUUUUUUUUUUCUCUCUUAAAAAAAAUUAACCCGUUCUUGGACUGAGAGGAACCUGUGAUUGUAUGCUAAUGCUUGCUGUUUGCCUGUUUCUCAGCUUGGUUAAGUUUUCCAGAUGAUUUUCCAAAGUCGUUGCUCAUCAUGAUAAACAAAGCAAAAGGUGACUUAACAUAUUUAUAUGUAUUUAUAAUAAAUAAAAUACAUGAAUAACCACUUUCUCUGUCCGACAUGUCUCUAAAACCAGCUGGCAAAACCCCUGCUGGAGUCAGGUAAAGCAGAAAUGGAUGUGGCAGGAACAACUGUGUGAACUUAGGGGAAUGAUUAGAAUACUUGGAAAAAGCUUGUGGAUAUUCAGCUCGUUAUCAGCAGGGAUUUGCGUUUUUUUCUCCACUUUUUCCUGAAUCAGGAGCACACAAAAAAAAACCCGUUGCUUAUGUCUGACUCUGAGUUAAGCAGGCAGGGGUUUAGGCUGUGUGUUCUGACACUUGCUGGGGAAGGCUGUGCCCUGAAAGUGGUGUUUGACUGGGGUUAUUGUAGCAGCGAGCUGAGCUCUGAGCAUCCCAUGGAAAACACGGCAGGGAAGGAAAUCGCUUUAAAAACUCUGCUUAUCCCUUUGGUUGGUUUUCUGUUCUAUCUACAGCUUGAGCCUAGAUCUACAUCUGGGGUUUGGGCCACUUAAUGUCAUGACUGAACUGAGGAUCUCUUGCCAAUGGUGACUGUGUCCGUACAAGUUACAAAGUGCUCUCCGUGUCGCUUGUGUUGGGUUACUUUGGUUUUCUGGUUUAUGUUGUUCAACGCUUUGGUGCCUUGUAUGCUUCACUAGUAAUUAUAUAAUAAUAAUAAUGAUGAUAGAGGUGCAUUCAGUGCUUUCUGUUGGGGUUGGAAAUACCCACCCAGUGUCAGAGCAACCACGUAAACUGGUACAGCCGCAGCCUCGGGGGCUCGAGCUGUCCGUGGCCAUUUGUGUUAGGAGUGGGGUGUAACUAUUUAGGGUUAUUAAACCAAUUUCCAUGCCUGUCGCUAGUGUUAUGCUAAUUUGAAAAGGGCUGCCAUCCCUCUGAAGCGCUUGUCCAUGGCACUUAAUUUUAAUUAAUACAUUUCCAAAAGACUUUUUUGUGUUUGGAAAACGAAGUGUGUGAUUAAGCCUUAUUCAUAAAGACAUAUGUUUAAAACUGGUUCCUGCUCAUUUCCAUUUUUAUAUCUUAAUUUCUUUCCUGUAAUUAAAAAAGGGGGGGAAAUAGAGUAGUUUUACAGAACAGUUUAUCUCUCAUACCUUUUUCUGUAAAAGAAAAUUUUGAAAAUGCUCUUAAAGCAUAUCUGAUGAAGUGAAAGACAACCAAAACCCCUACUGAAGCAAAAAUUACUGGAAACUGCAGAUCAGCAAAGGUCACUCAAAAUUUUGCAGACUGAGUUGUUGCUAGGAAAUAUUUGGGAAAAAAAAAGGGCCAUUUAAACAGAGAAUCAUAAUUUUUAAGUAGAUGUAUGUUACUUCUGGUUAAAAUUAGAGAAGAUUGAGAAUAUUUAAAUGGAGAUUAGCCUAACUGUUCAUUUUUCACCAAAACUAAAAUAAUUGGAGAAUAAAGUAUUUAACAGCUUAAUAUUUAAUCUGAGUUUGGUUUAGUUAAAGACUUAAGGCUAAAAAUAAUGGAAUUUGUAAUUGCUUCUUUGUCAAAUAAUUAUGGCCCAAAAAAGAAGUCUUACUAAUUUCAGAGCCUAAAAUCUCUUCACAGUCUGAGACAAGCUAUUUUUGGAAUUAUGGGUUUUAGUACUGUGAUUGUUUUAAAUCUCUUCCUUUCAUUUACGUCAGUAAAAACUUACUCAUACUAUCAUACCUACCUAGAACCCUAAAAUUCUACCUUCUGGAGUCCUUGAAAUAUUUAGAAGACUCUUAAAGAGCCCAGUUGGAAUUAAAUAAUCUCAGGAGGCUAAGUAAGGAAUUUCGAAUACAGAAGAAAACAGCUGCAUUAAAAAUUUUUUUGAAAGAAAAAAUAACAAGUUUGACUAUUUAAGUGCUGUUAAAAGGCCAAAUAUUAAAAACAAGUGCAGAAUUAAUCAAAGCAACACUAAAGGCAAGUAACCUUAAAGUACAACAGUUUCAAUUCAAAAAAAAAAUAAGAUGAAUUGUAACUUUUCCUGCGACAAACAAUGUUAAACUCAAAGAAAGUUGACCAACUUCUCAGUUAAUCUGUAAAUUCAGUCCUGUGAGCUGCUCCUGCCCACCCUGGGCUUGCAGGAUUUCAGCUGGUGCUGAGGUGGAGCGUUUCCCAUGGCAGGAAGGCAUCUGCUCUGAGGUGAUUUACAGUGCACUGAGCUGCUGCUGAAACUGCUACCAUGUGAAUGCCUAAUACUUCUCAAAGAUGAUUCUGUUGGCAGGGGAUAAAUGAGCAGCUGACCAUUGCAUUUGUGUGGGAAGCAUCAGUGCUAACCUUGCAGCUGUGUGUGGUUAUCCUGAGGAUGAAGUCCUGUAUUUGUUUCUCCACUUCUCUGGCAUAUUUUGUGUUCCAUGUUUUAAGUGUCUCCUUCCAUUUGGUGUUUCAGAGGAUAUGAAGGGAGGACUUGAGAAAAACUGAAGAUUAUUUUUUUCUGCUCAAAUGUUCUUGUUAUGAUGCUUGCUCUUUUUUUUUUUUCCCAAGAAGGAUUUAUUGUGUAAGCUCAGACUGAACUGAAAUACUGAUCAUGUGUUCUAAUGUACUUAUUAUCCUGAUUUGUUCAUACUUGGAAAAAAACAUAAUGCCAACUUUGAAUUAAAUAUAAUAUAUUGUUUUCUAACCUCACUUAGUUUUUCUUUGAACUUCAAGACUGAGCAGCAAGAAGUGUCAGAGAGAUGCUGCUUUGCUGUCUGUUGUGUUUCUUAACUUGUGAAAUUCUUGUCACUAACCAGAAUGAAGGUUUUACUAACCAGUAUAUAUAAUGUCACUAAUAGGGGAUUGAAAACAGCUGCCAGCUUGCACUGCAUCAGCCCAGGUUUAACAUGAGCAGUCUUGAGCCUGCCAGAUAAAAUGUUCUUUAACCAAAUACAGGGAAGCAACAGGUUUGAGGAUGGAGGGCCCAGAAGGCAGCUGUCUACCUCAGAUACCAGCAGAAAGUUCAAUCAGUUGGAGUUCCUGGAAAGAAGCAUGAGAAUCAUGAAACUUUCCUUGUCCUUUGAUCCAUAUCAGUGAUUUUGUGGCAUUCUCUCACAAUACCUGAAUAUUGCUGCACGCUGAGCUUGUUUCCAAGACUUUAGAAAGUGAUUGCUUUCUGUUCUCAGAUAAUUUUGCUGGUAUUGAUCUUUACAUAUACAUUUCUAUAAUUUCCAUUUUAUAAGAGCAUUAGACAGUUUUAGGGUGAAAUGAAGGUAGGGCCCAACCCUGGUGCAGUUUUGCAGAUUGGCAGCGUUGGUGAUAUUGGCGACAGCAAGACAGGGCUUGGCACUCCGGGGCACAGUGCUGCUUCCUGACCCAACAAGCCACCUUUAAGAGCCUUCAGAGGCCAGAAAAGCUUUAUACCUUUAUUAUAUCAGCCUUGUAGCACGUGUACAGUGUAGGGCACGGUGGAUAAACCCCUCAUUAAAGCUUUUGUGGCUUUUCAGCCUGAACCUGCUCAUCAGCAGCGAGAGCCGCGGCACAUCCCACCAGGCUGAGUCCUCACAGGCAACAAGUUUCCAGCCCAGCUUGCCACAGCUGGAAUUCUUUAGUUUGCAAUUUAGGAGAACAAAACCUAGCACUCCAUGUUUCACUUCCACAGCAUUGUGCUCAUCGAGUGCAUUCCUUGAAAGCAAGAUGUUGGACGCUGCAGCAUUACUGGAAUUUGUUUUACCUGCGCUUGUUCCUUGCCAUGUAAGUUAUCAGCACAGCAAUCAUUGCUUUGAUCUGAGUCAGUGAAAGUGCUUCUAAAGAAUGCUAAAAUACACCAAUCAAUAUUUUCAAUUCUCAAAACUGCUUUUAUAUUGUUCUGUGUCAUUUGAUGGAAUUUUGAUUAGUAUUGCAUAGUAGAAAAGUUGCGGGGGGGUUUGUUUUCACUAAUCCUGAUUAAGGCUAGAAAAGACUCUUGAUUACAGUAAUUUUAAUAAUGUAAAUUUGUUUGUGAUAUGUCUUUAGUCUUUAAUCCCCUUUGGCAUUUCAUUCAAAGGGAGAUGAAAAUUUCAGGGAUUUAUAACAUUUAAAUCAGUCAUUCUAUGAAUGUUUUUCAGGUGGUUUUUCUUCUACCUGAAAUAAAAAAUACCUAAAUGGGUACGCAACAUAUUUUGUGAUCAGAUUAGAAAUACAUUUGCAUGUGGUUUU